AUGGCGUCAAGUUCUUCCUACCAAUCCAUUCUCAAUGAAAUUCCUGACGACAUAGCCAAGAUCAUAUUGGAGAAACUAUGGACAUUCGAUCGAAUUUUCCUAAGAACCGUCUCCAAGGCAUGGAAUGCUGCCCUGCGCCAAUUACACGGCGCACGCCCGGCGUCGGAGCUGCCAUGGAAGAUCCUCUCGAAAAGCUUUGAUCAAGGAAUUAACCCCAAGGAAAUCAAACUUUUAAGCCCAAGCAAAAAAGUAUACAGUUUCAAGUAUCCGAGCAACGGCCAAUGCUGCUGCGGAUCUUCUCAGGGUUGGCUGUUCAUCGGCGGCGGCGGCGACAGUGUCGAGCAAAUUGCGAACGUGCUGCUGUGGAAUCCAUUGUCCGGAGAAGUUAGGAAUCUUCCAUCUCUAUCGUCACUGCAAUUUUUCGCUGACUUUGUCAACAACGGAUUAGGGUUUGGGCUACGUUUCUUAUCUUCAUUCGUUACGAGAGUUCAUGUCUUCUCCACCACUUCCGGCGAGCUCGCGGCGGCGAUGAUUGUCGGUUGUCUCGUCCUACCUAGCUACUGGCGGGUGAUCAUCUGCACGCCGGACGAUCCGCAGUGGACGGUCGUGGAUUUGGAAGUCAGCGAUGGGAACCCGAUGGACGUCCUCUUUCAUAGAGGGAAGCUGAUUGUCUACUGUACUAAGUGGACUUUAUCCGAUUCCGACGAAGUUAUCGGACAUGGCUGCCGCACUGUCAAUCUAAUAAACGGCGGCGAGGUGGAGGUGGAGGUUGUAACUAUGGUGUACGGAAGAUCACGUUCAUACUCUCCGAACAGAGAAGUUUCUAGAGACGAUUGUUUGGUAGCGGCGACGGCAGCAUCCGGCGAGAUUUCCGGCGAAAUUCUGGUGGUGAGCGUUACGAUGGAUUGGCACGCAAGUAGAAACGAGCGAUUUCCGUCCUCCACGUGGUUACAAAUCGGAGGUUUUGAGGUGCAACGGAUUGAUAUUGGCGGCGGCUCGCCGGAGAAGCUUAGGAGCAUCGGGCGGCAGGCUUUAUUCGUUGGUGGAGGUUGCGAUGCGGUGUCGACAGCGGUGGAUGAUAUCGACGGCGGUGAUUUUUCGAAUGAUUCCGUAUAUUUUGAGGUGAAUGGUUUUUGGAAGAUUUGGUACGGUGAGAAUCACAUCCUCGAGGAAAACUAUAGAGUUCACCAAAGAGUAAGAUUCAACUUACGAAACAACGUUGUUUCAGUAGAUGCCAUAUCGUAUGAUCGGACUAACUCCAAACUUGUUGGAUGGUUUAUGCCGAAAAUAUAG